AUGGGCACCGAUGUCCCAGGUCUGACGGUGCCAGCAGUGUCAGCAGUGGCGGCGAAGCGAACCGCGCCGCCUGCUGGAUCCUUGGAUGUUGUCCCGGAUGCCUUGCGAGAAGUCAAGCUUGUGGAACUACUUCAGCGAGAUCGGCGACCUACUUUCAUCGUUAGUUUGACUGCCUCGGUCAAGGCCAAUGCGUCUGGCGACCUGCAGCUGGUUUACUGCAACCCUUCUCUCCGAUCGGCUCCUGAAAUUUUCCGUCGCAUUUCGGUCAAGUCUCUCGAAACCAAGACGCCGGAUUUGGGGUUUGAAAAUUUCAGGCACUGGGCCCUCGACUCUGACCAAAGCAAUGAGCAGGACGUGCCGUUCUUUCAGUAUGCGGGCCGUUCCUGGUCUCACAUCACCAUAUCAGACGACUUUCGCGUCAUCAGUGCCAACGGCGUUGUCACACAAGAUCGCACUCUCCAUAAACAUGCUUCCAACAGCAUCAACAACGAGCUGGCCCUCUGGAAUUCUACCGACCAUGCGCAGCUUCCACCGCCAGCCUCGAGCGAACCCCCGCAAAUCCAGCAAAUCGCCAACCAUCGUCUCACCAAGGAACGAGUCUACUGUGACUGGACAAGUGUGCCUCUCGAAGACGAAGUCGACGAUCACAAGGUUUUUGCCAGGUUAAAAGACUGGUCGGCUACUCCUCUAGGACCCAUAGAUGACUGGGAUUGGGAUCUUAGAUCGGCAUCCGACAUGACCAUGAGGACGCCUUACCCGGCAGCCAUAUACUGGGGCCCUGAAUUCAUCACCAUGUACAAUAAACCGUACGUGGAGAUUGCCGGGAAGAAGCAUCCUGACCUCAUGGGUCAGCCUUAUGCAGAAGGUUGGUCCGAGAUUUGGAAUGAAAUCAAGCCCGUCUUCAUGAGAACCUGGAACGAGGGAGAGUCCGUUAUGAAACACGACGACCGAUUGUUCAUCAGCAGGAACGGAUUUUUGGAAGAGACCUUCUUCUCUUGGUGCCUGGUUCCUCUCCUUGGAAGCAAAAACCAAGUCAUGGGUCUUUUCAAUGCAGCCUUUGAAAGCACUCAGCAGAUUGUCAACGAGCGAAGGCUGUUGACAUUACGCGAGAUUGGAGAAAAAACUGCCGCUGCCAAAUCCUUCCGAGAGUUCUGGCUCCUGACUUUGAAGGGCCUCGAAUACAACGAACCGGACGUUCCGUUUUGUCUCAUCUACUCAGUCGGCGAGGACAGUGACAGCGAAAAUGCUUCCCUUCAUUCUGGGAGCGUGGGGUUCUCGCAUUAUCUAACGCUGGAGGGCUCGUUGGGAGUGCCAAUGGGCCAUCCAGCUGCACCACUGUUGCUUGAUUCGCGUACGCAAGAAGGGUUUGCACCCUACAUGAGGCAGUCCAUGUCAGCAGGUGGUGUGCCAAUCAUUCUCUCAAGAGAGGAACAUACUUUGCCGCCGAAUCUUGUUGAGGGACUUGAAUGGCGCGGUUUCGGAGACCCUUGCAAACACCUGGUCGUCUUCCCCAUAAAUCCCGUCGCCGCAUGGUACGAGGCAACAUAUCCUAGGGGCUUCAUCGUCCUGGGUGUGAAUCCGAGAAGACCGUAUGAUAACGACUACAAACUCUUUGUCCAACUCUUAUCCAGGCAAUUGGACGCGUCGCUGGCAUCGGUCGUGCUGUACGAGGAAGAGGUCAAACGAAGUGCUAGAGCUGCCCGUCUGGCUGCCCUGGACCGCGAAAACCUGUCCUUGCAGCUCCAACUCCGAACGCAGGAGGCUGUGGAGAGCGAGUACAGAUUUAGCCGGCUUGCAGAAUUCGCACCUGUCGGUAUAUUUAUUGCCGACUUUGACGGUUGUUUUAGCUAUUGUAACGAUACGUGGUGGCAGAUUUCGCGCCAAAACCGACAAGAAGACUUGGGAAACACAGGCAAGCUUGCCUGGAUCCACAAUGUAAUAGACGAGGAUCGUCCCGCGCUCCAGGCAGCUUGGGAUAAGAUGCUUAUCGAGAAGUCCACCAUGUCGAUAGAGUUUCGGUUCAAAUGCAGCCAAUGGAUUGGUGACAGCCUGGUUGAUACUUGGGUGCUUAUGAGUGCAUACCCCGACAGCCACCACCUUGAGACAAAAGAAUCCAUUUUUGGCUGCGUCACCGACAUCUCGAUCCAGAAACGCGCUGAACAAGUUCAGAGCGAGCGCCGAAAAGAAGCCGUGGAGCUGAAACGCCAGCAGGAGAAUUUUAUCGACAUCACAAGCCACGAAAUGCGCAACCCCUUGUCAGCCAUCCUGCAAUGUGUCGAUCAGGUUACCAAGAGCGUCUCGGCAUUUUCCGAUUAUAAGAGCGAAGACUUGGUCAAGGAGCUUCACGUAGAAUGCUUAGAUGCAGCGAAUACCAUUAGCCUAUGCGCAAGCCACCAGAAGCGCAUAGUUGACGAUAUACUUACCCUGUCAAAACUCGACUCCAGACUCAUCACCAUCACGCCAGUUAAUGUGCAACCGCUAGAGGUGAUCCAACAGGUUGUCAAGAUGUUCCAGCCGGAAGUACGAGCUCAUAAUAUAAGCCUGACAGUCCAUAUUCACAACAGCUACCAACGGCAGGGCAUCGAUUGGGUCAUGCUCGACCCAUCUCGAUUACAGCAAGUCCUUAUCAAUUUCAUCACGAAUUCAAUCAAGUUUACACAGGGCAAAGAAAAAAGACUGAUUCAGGUAACAAUCGAGGCAUUCUCGGACCUUUCCCAGCUAUUGAAUUCGGGCAUCACUUACCUCGAAAUCAGUGACUUUGGCGAGAGUCUCAAAAGUUACCACCACGAGUCGGAACAUGCGGACGACCCGCCUACUCUGCUGCAAUUCACCAUCCGGGACAACGGAUCCGGUAUUGGCGACGAGGAUCUCAAGCUUCUCUUUCGGCGAUUCCAGCAAGCUACUCCGAGAACGCACGUCCAGUAUGGUGGCUCGGGUCUUGGCUUGUUCAUUUCGCGCACUCUUGUGGAAAUGCAAGGGGGACAGAUUGGAGUCUCGUCGCAAGUGAAUGAAGGGAGCAGCUUUUAUUUCUAUGUCAGGUGUCAGAAGAGCAACAAGCAGACGCCAGCCAAGGAAAUCAUACAACACGACCAACCCACUCAGCCACAGCUCAGCGCAACAACUUUCCCACCGUUCAAGGGGUUGAAAACUUUUUCAAGUGGAGAGAGUCACGCGAAGCAAAAAGCCACACCCGUCGAUUUCCCGCAAUACCAUGUGCUUAUUGUCGAAGACAACCUCAUCAACCAAAAAGUGUUGAACCGCCAGCUUAUGAACGGAGGCAAUACGACAUAUACGGCCAAUCACGGCCAAGAAGCAUUAACUCUUUUAGAAUCGUCGAGAUUCUGGAAGGGACACGAGUCUGACGGCUACGAUAUCUCGGUCAUCCUGAUGGACCUGGAGAUGCCUGUAAUGGACGGCUUAACUUGUACGAGAAGAAUACGACAACUGGAACGCGAGGGUGUUAUAGUCAAGCAUAUACCGAUCAUCGCGGUCACCGCAUAUGCCAGGCCGGAGCAGGUGAAGAAGGCGCGGGAUGCAGGCAUGGAUGAGGUUAUACCGAAGCCAUUUCGCAUGACAGAUUUGAUGCCCAAGAUCCAGGACGUUGUUGGAGGCACACGGCCAGAGUAA